CUAAAAGCUUCAAGAUCAUAAAAGAAACAAGAAGAGAACACAACUAUGCCCGGACUUCCAGCACAAAUCAGUGAAAUCACACCUAGUGUUUAUUAUGUAGACCCUGACAUUGUGGAUGAACCAAAAAAUUUUCGUGAUGUCUUUCUUCAUAGUCAAGCUCUUGAGGGUAUAACAUUAUCAAUGAUUCUUGAAGCACCAAAUGAGGAAGAAGUUUCACUACUUUCAGAGAUCUAUGGGCUCUGUAUCAAGGGUGAAAAGGAGGAACGCACUGCCUUGUUAGCCAGUGUACAAGAUUUGGCAAAAGCGUUUGCUGGAUAUGAAGAUGAAGUCUUGGCAAAGCGAGAAGAAUUGCUUCAAUAUGUCCAAGCUGCCAUUUCAGGGCUAAAAGUAAAUGCUGAUCUCAUGAGAAUAGAAGAUGAAGUCUUCAGUCUAAAGGAAAAAAUUGAGAAGUUUAAGCCAAGCAAUUUUGAUGCAAAAUCUAAUGAGACAACUACUAUAGAUGUAAAGGCUAAUCAUGAAGCUUUGGCACAAAUUCAAAUGUAUUCCAAAUUGGAGGAACUCUUACUCAAAAAGAAAUACUUCACCUGUGGUGAUUCUUCAGAACUUCAUGCUGAAAAGAUUGAUAAAUUGAAAAUCUUAUCAGAGUCUCUUGCAAAUUCUGCAACAAAAGCUGAAAAUCGCAUUUCAGAAAACAGAUCUCAAAAAGAAGAAGCACUUAAUUUUCGGCUAACUAAGACAAAGGAAGUUGACCAAAUUGAGAAGGAAGUAACAAUGGAGAUUGAAGAACUUGAGAAGCUAAAGGAUGAACUUGAAGAGAAACUGAAAAAGGUCAACAGCUUGUUAUUAUCUGCUAGAAUGCGCCUCCACAAUGCAAGAGAAGAAAGAGAUCAAUUCAAUGAAGCAAGCAAUGAAAUUGUUGUACAUUUGAAGGCUAAGGAAGAUGAGAUGAUUCGAUCAAUUGCUUCUUACACAAGGGAGUCAAAUGUUGUUGAUACAUGGAUGCAUUUUCUAGAGAAUACAUGGCUUCAUCAAACCUCCCAUACGAAGAAAGAGAAGGAGCAGGUCAAUGUUGAACUCCAGAGAUAUGGAGAAAAUUAUGUGAAUUUGAUCAUUCAGCUUUUGUCUUCAUAUGAGGAAAAAUUGGGUUCAUCAGUUAAGCAAAUGAGAAAGCUUGUGGAGAAUUUAAGUUCAAAUAAAGGAUUAGAGAAUCCAACAGCUCCAGAUAAUGAGGAUUCUAAAGUGAAUCCAAGGAAAAAGCUUCAAGAUGAAUUUUUGGAUAUAGAAUCCAAGGAAAGAUAGUGACAAUGUCAUAAAACUCCUAAAUGCCAUCAAGAAAAUAAAGGAAGAAUAUGAAUCCAUUAAGAGACCGAAACUGGAAAUAGAGAUCACACCUCGAAAGCAAGAACAACCUCAAACAGAAACACCAAAAACACCAAAAACACCAAGAACACCAAGUCAAAAGAAAACAUUUAUGAGAAGUCUUUCAAGUAUUUCCUUAACCAAUAGAAUGAGGCAAGAUGAAGCGAUCAUGUCUCCGUCUAUCCACAGAAGAUCAAAAUCGGCAGGCAUAGAUUCAUUGCAAAUGGAAGUAGAACUUGAUGAUAUGAGCGACUAUGAUUCAGCAGAAGAGAUAAGUGAAUGGGAAUUCGAUGAUGUUG